AUGGUGAAUUUACGUAUCCGUAUCGGUGCAUUUAACGUCUCUCCACCAACCAGCAGCGCCUCCAUCGUCCUCGCCCCUCUGAUGGAGCGGCCGGAGUGGAGCCUCUCCGACUUCGAGAUCGGCAAGUUCAUCGGAGAGGGCAAGUUCGGCAAGGUCUAUCUCGGCCGCGAGAAGCAGAGCGGCUACGUGGUGGCGCUCAAGGUGACAUACAAAGCGAAGCUGCAGAAGUACCGGUUCCACGCGCACCUGCGGCGGGAGAUCGAGAUCCAGCAUGGCCUUGACCACCCCAACGUGCUCCGACUCUUUGCCUGGUUCCACGACGCCGAGCGAGUCAUCCUCGUCCUCGAGUAUGCCGCCCGCGGAGAGCUCUACAAGCUCCUCCGCAGCGUCAGCCACUUCUCGGAGCGGACCGCCGCCACAUAUGUAGCAAGCCUUGCUGGUGCACUGGCGUACUGUCACAAGAAGCAGGUAAUUCACAGGGACAUCAAGCCGGAAAAUUUGCUCCUUGAUAUCGAGGGCCGACUUAAAAUUGCAGACUUUGGAUGGGCGGUUCGAUCAAAUGCUAAACGUCACACACUCUGUGGCACAAUAGAUUACCUGGCACCAGAGAUGGUAGAGAAAAAGGCUCACGAUUACGCUGUUGACAACUGGACUUUAGGAAUCCUGUGCUACGAGUUUUUGUAUGGCUCGCCACCCUUUGAAGCUGCAGAACAGCAAGAUACCCUGAUGAGGAUAGUCAAAGUGGACUUGCUGUUCCCUAAAACUCAUGACAUAUCUGCAGAUGCCAAGGAUCUCAUUUGCAAGCUGUUAGUGAAGGAUUCAAGCAAGAGGAUUUCUCUUGACGAUAUUUUGAAGCAUCCAUGGAUUGUAAAGAAUGCAGAACCUUCAGGGAGUUGCAUUGAGCAAAAAACUAGUGCCUAA